GCCAGCAGCAGGAACAGGGCCGAGGGCACAAUCGACAGGAUGGCGCCCUCAAAGGCGAGCGUGAAGUCGAAGCGGCCCGUCGCCGCCGGGCCAAAGUCGGCCUCGAGCAGCCACUCGGCCGAGCUGUUGGUAUCCAUCAUGUUGUUCAUUUUGGGCAGCAAUCUGUGAAGUCCAAAAAUGAAUGUGGCGGAUGAUUGAUGGGGUGGGACAAUCAAUGUUGCCUUUCAAUAUUUAUCUAGAAAUGAGUUUAAUCCGGGGUGUAGUAAAGUCGAGGUUGGAACGCGUGUAAGCACCGGACCCGAUCCAAGGCACGCUACGCCUACUACCUUACGUGUAAUAAUACUACACCGUCCGUCAAAUCUACACGCGUGUCGCCUCUAUUAAUAUGAUCUGCAGAGCCAGAGUCCGAGGGCUUGGUUAUCAUGUCGCUCACGAUAAAUCUCUUCUUUUUUUGUGUGUUGCCUUCUCCUUUCCCCGCACCAAAUACAUCAUCCUCCCCCUGUAAUAUGGCAGACGCAUCGCGCCACGCAAGCAAGCAACGCAGCCCUGCACGUUGUCUGUCAAGUCCGAGCCGCGUGCGUGGCAGAGUCUCUGGCGUGAUUUUUCGCAAUUGGUUCGGUUCAGAGCCUUUACCUCCUCUUUGGGAUUUGGUGGUUUGGUAGUCAGACCCUUUCUUCGCCGCUGCUGUGUUAAUCGCAACGUGGAUUGAACAUGACGUAGGGCUAUAUCGACU